AUGUUUGAACAUCCGUGGCACGAUCUACCUCUUCAACUGGGUGGAAGCCUAGAGAAGUUCAAUGAGGCCAUCAACCAUGAUCCAAAUUUCAAUGCCUUCACCAAUACCGGACAUCUCCCUGAAGAUAUUUGUUUCUCCAUCAAGUCCGUCGGCAGUGACAAUGCAAUUGUCUUCACUUUCAACCACGGAGCUGCCUACGCGCGAGUGGGCCUGUACACGGAGGCUCUCUUUUCGCUCUCAGCAUUGCCCGUCCAAUGGGAGAAUCUGUUUAAGAAAAACCCAGUUAUGCCUUACCAGAGCUACUGGGCACUCUACGGACAGAAUAUCCGACAAGAAGGGGUGGAGGUCAUCGGUGAUCAGUUGGCCUUUGCCAAUUACGCUCAUAUCUGGCGGACUGCGCUUGAGGUUCUUCAUGAAACUUUCUGUGGUCCCAAUGACGUUUCAUUCCAGCCGGAAUUGGAGGAAGACUUUUUGGUCGGGCGCUACGCUCUCGUUGAGACCAAGGCAUGGGGAAAAUGCAAAAUCUUCUAUGAGCAAAGCGGAACUGGCCCUCAAGACAUAGUCUUUCUACAUACUGCAGGCUCUGACAGUCGGCAAUAUCAUGGAGUCAUGAAUGAUCCGAGGAUGAGAGCCAGAUGUACUAUGACUGCGUUUGAUUUGCCUUCGCAUGGUCGCAGUUUCCCAAGUCCCGCCUACCCUCUUGGUGGACACUUCAAUAGUGAAGACGCCUAUAUCGAGUGUAUUAAAGCAGUGAUCAAAUCUGUAAAACUCAAGAGACCCAUUCUUUGUGGGGCUUCCAUGGCUGGACAGGCUUGCAUUGCUGCAGCCAUUCGGUCGGAUGAAGUUGGGGUGUGCGGAACGAUUCCCCUUCAAGGUUGCGAGAGAGUUGAAAUGCACCGAGAGUGGCAUGACAAGUCUCCUAUCAUUAACAGUGCUACCUUUAACCCCGAAUGGGUCUAUGGGAUGAUGUGUCCCACUGCGCCGUUGGAGAAUCGUAAGCUUCUUUGGCACACAUAUAGCGCUCAAGCUUACGGAAUUUACCACGGUGAUUUGGACUUCUAUUUCAACGGAUGGGAUGGUCGUGGACGAGUGGAAGCUAUUGAUACGCAAAAAUGCCCUAUCUUCUUUCUCACUGGAGAGUAUGACUGGAGCAACACGCCAGAAAUGUCGGAAGAUACAUCCAAGAAAAUCCCAGGGGCAAUGUUUAAACGGAUGCCUAACCUCGGGCACUUCCCUGCAACUGAGAAUCCCGCUAUAUUUGUACCCCAUUUGAUCGAAGCUAUUGAUCACAUUGUAUCUACUGUCAAGUGUUCAGGAAAAUUGUGA